AUGGAUGUGGAUAAACACGACCAUGAACAUCAGGAGCCUCUUAGCUGCCAACGCAUUGUCUACAGCAUCAUCCAGUUGACCUUCACCUUGUAUCGGAAGUCUGGUAGUUGGGCAAAAGAUACCAACAUCAUAUUCUCUCCAGGGAAUAUUGAUGCUGCCUCUUUAAUGCUCUUGCUGGGGGCAAAAACCAACAUGCACAACCAGAUCCUGGAAGGACUGGACUUCAACCUUACAGAAACACCUGAGCAGUAUAUCCACAAAUGCUUCCAGCAACUUACGUAUAUCCUCCAUCUGCCAGACCACAAGUCACAGCUGACAAUGCAGAGCAGCCUAUCCACUGCCCAGAGUCUGAAGCUUACAGACAAGUUUGUGAAGAAUGUCAAGGGUUUGUACUACUCAACAGCCAUUACUGUCAACUUCAGUGACACGCAAAGAACCCAAAAUCAGAUCAACGAGUACGUACAGGGUGAAACCCAAGGGAAAAUAGUGGGAUUGAUCAAGGAUCUGAAGACAGACACAGCUUUUGCCUUGAUAAAUUACAUCUUCUUCCAAGGUAAACUGUAUGAUGAACCAUUUGAGGUUGACUACAUCUUGGGAGAGGACUUCCAUGUGAAUGAGGAUGUGACCGGGAAACAUUAUACGGGCGAUGCUACUGCCUUCUUCAUGUUGCCUUACCAAGAGAAGAUGAAGAACCUAAAGGAAACCUUGGCUCAAAAACACUUUGAAAAAAUCUUACGGUUAAUUGACACAAGGACAGUGGACCUGCACUUUCCCAAGUUGCUUAUGUCCACAACUUAUGACCUGAAGACUAUUCUGAGCACACUGGGCAUUACCCAGAUCUUCAGCAAUGAGGCUAACCUCUCAGGGAUCACAGAGGAUGCGCCCCUGAAGCUCAGCAAGGCUGUGCACAAAACUAUACUGACCUUUGAUGAUGACGUCAUAAAAACUUCAAGGAACACUAUUUGGAGUAAGAUGGAUUUGACUGGGAUUCCUGUUAUCAGAUUUAACAGGCCAUUUGUAAUUGUCACCAAAGAGGAAUAUACCAAUUCCAUGCUCUUUGUGGGAAAAGGGAAUAAUCCUACAGAAAACAGUUGA